CAUCAGUCAAAACACCUCAACACAAGACAUUGUAUCAAGAAGAAGAUUAAACUAGCUGAAAUGAGCCACCUACGAUGCCCCAGAUGGCAGCUUCUUCUCAUUGUUGCUACCUGGCCAACCAGAAUCACAACAACACACUGAAUUCUGCCCCAUUGAAGCGUACGCAUCGUUUUCGUUGUCAGCUAACCUACUCCAUAAGUAGACCGGAACUGUGACAUAUUUUUUCAAUGGUUAACGGCCUGAGUGGGACAUCUUCAUUUUAUGCACCAUCUUUGGCUUCACACCCAGUGCUUUGAAUAAGGAAGUGAAACUAUACACAUGGAGGGUGUGUCUUUUCUAUCGAAUAUAUAUUUUAUUGAAUAAAGUCCUCGUCGCAUAAUAAUGGGGGACACAGCAAAGGAUAAACGGCAAGAACAAUUGAAGCGCUGGUCCGGUUCGAGCACCGACAGAGAACCGGCUGUGCCCAGGCGAAGGUGGCGGGGCGAUGUCGAGGAUGCAGGCUGCUCGGAGGCCGUAAACAACGCCGUUUCAAAGGACCAUUCUCAGGAUGUGGAGGGAAGCGGAUCGACCACCGGGGAAGCCAAUAGUCUUCUACUCAAACGAAGGAGGCGAGUGCGGUUUGAUACUGCUGCAGAGUUCCUGGCAGCUUGUGCCAGUGGUGACACAGAUGAGGCCCAAGAGAUGCUGAAAGAUGCAAAAGAGUCAGAAGGCAAGAAUGGAGACUAUCAGGGAAAGGUUGUGAAUUGUGCCAAUGCUGACGGAAUCACAGCUCUUCACCAGGCUUGUAUAGAUGGCAGCAUGGAGGUGAUGGUCUUUCUCCUGGCUCAGGGUGCCAACAUAAACCAGGUGGACAGUGAGGGCUGGACUCCGCUGCAUGUGGCAGCCACCUGUGGGAACCUGGAGAUAACUGAUUUCCUUUUGCAGCAGGGUGCGUCUCUCACUGCUGUGAACUGCGAUGGCGACGUCCCCCUAGACAUAGCUGAAGACGAGGCCACUGAGUCGCUCCUGCACCAAUACACAGUGAGACAAGGUGUGGAUGUGGAGGCAGCUAAGCGGGUGGAGGAGGAGCAGAUCAUGAAAGACGCCAGAGCCUGGCUGACAGAGGGGCCUCCCUCAGAACUACGGCACCCCAAAACUGGGGCCACUCCCCUGCAUGUGGCUGCAGCCAAGGGCUACCUAGAAGCCAUCAAACUGCUAUGCCAGUGUGGUCUGGACGUGUCAGAGAUGGACUGUGAUGGCUGGACGCCUCUCCACGCAGCGUCACACUGGGGGCAGGGAGAUGCCUGCAGGAUACUGGCUGAACAGCUCUGCGACAUGGAGGUUUGCAGCAAUGGGGGUCAGACUCCGUUUGAUGUCGCUGAUGAGAGUGUUGUGUCAUUGCUGGAGGAGCUGUCACAGAAACAAGCCAAUUGGCGUAAUGAGCAGUCCAUCAUGGACAGACAGAACCCUGCAGGCUCUACUGCUGCAAAAGCUGAUAGCAAACGACGGAGGACCUCGGUGUGCAGGAUGAGCAGUAAGGAAAAGAUGAACGUGCAGGACCAGUCUAAAGAGAGGAGGUCUGAAGGCUUGGAGCUCAGCGAGGAGAAAGAGAGCAGCCCUGAAAGCUCCACUUUAUCCAGUCCAGACACAGAAAGUGCCACCUCCACCGUCAGCCCUGCUGAGAAGCAGGUUCCAGAGGAGAAGGAUGUGGAGGAGCGGGACCAGGACAGAGCCAGUCGUACAGCCCGGGUCCAGCCCACCCCCCAGAGGAAGGACCCCCUGGCUGAUAGUCCCAACAACACCAACCCAGACAGACGGAAGUUCCAGGCCCCAGUAAGAGACGAGGAGUCUGAGUCUCAGAGGAAGGCACGAUCACGCCUCAUGCGCCAGUCUCGCCGCUCCACACAGGGUGUGACGCUCACUGACUUGAAGGAGGCAGAGAAGAGCGUAGCCAAACCGGCUGAUUCACCACCUAGCAACAUCCUGCAUGUCAGCCCUAUAGUCACCAUAACACCUACUGAGAGAGACACUGACACAGUGAAGGAGGUCGGGUCCGAGGGAGAGACGCGGCUAGGAGUGAGGGACCGACGGAAGGGAAGGCGAGAGAGACGCUCCACCGGGGUGGUUCAGCUAGGGAAUGAACAUUUGGAUGCAAUGGAUGAAGCCCAACAGGAUGAAAACCACCGUCAUAGUUCACCCAGUGAGCCUCAGUUGGGAGAUUCCUCACCAGACUACAAAAUGCUGUACAGGUCGGUGCUGCAGGAGAACGGCCUGCUCAAAGACGAGCUGCAGGAGACGGCGCUGCUGCUCAGCCAGAGCAAAGUGGAGCUGGAGAGACUCCGACAGAGUCAAGAGAGCAGCACAGAGAGGCCGGCCCUGCUGGAACUGGAGAGAUUCGAGAAGAGAGCACUCCAGAGAAAAGCAGUGGAACUGGAGGAUGAGCUGAAGGUGCUGGUGGAUCUCAGAGCAGACAACCAGAGGCUAAAGGACGAGAAUGCCGCUCUCAUCCGUGUCAUCAGCAAACUUUCCAAAUGAGCCUCCUCUCCCAAACCUCUAUACGGAGAAAAGUGUUAAAGGUUCCUGUCUCUUGCCCAACUCACAAGGCACAUACCGGGAACAAAACCCAGCAUAAAACAAACUGCGUUCUGCUCUGAUGGAAGACCAACGAUGCAUUUGUUCAAUGACAUUUUUGGAUUUAUAACUGGAAAGAAUAGUUUUUGCAGGGUUAUUAUUCGCCUUUGGUUUGGUUCAUUACUCAAUCUACUGAAUAAGAAGCUGACCUGCACCUAUGGAUUCACAGGGUACUGUACGGUGUUCCUGUUCAAAUUCGUAAAGUUGAUCUUUUUUAGUUUUUUUGACCUAAGUAUUUUGUGCUUUGCUUCUGCAUUACCUUGUUUAAGGAUACAUGUGUUUUUAAGAUCUAUUUUAAUAACCAUGCAAAGUGCACGGUUACGAUAACAACAUGAUCUUACUUCAGAGUACAUACCACUAGACACCUAAACAGGACUGGGGGGGGGGGCGAUGCCAACGUCAGGUGCUUCAGUUCUGAGGAGAGGCGGAGAAGGUUGUUAUUAGGUUUUGACAUGCAUAUUCCACAAAAAUGUGCCAAACCCCCCCCCCCCCCCCCCAUUUACGGCUUGUUUGGCAUGUUGUUUGGGGGAAAGGUGAAGUGAUUGGUUUGUCUCUCAGGACGAGUCUGGGUCAAUACUGUACUUGAGCUGACUACUGUUAAAGUUGGACCAAACUAUAUGUGCAUGUUCAAUAUUUUUGAAUGUAUAUUUAUGUGUAUAUUUAUGUACAGGGGCCCUCUCCUCAUCCAGUGACGUAGUAAUGGUCUCUUUAUUUAGGAAAGGACGGAGAUGCUGGGUGCUCAUACUGUGACGGAGACCUGUUAGUUAGUAGACUGCAAGAUGGGUCAAGUCUUUUGAAUGUUUACUGCGUUUUUUUUAAAUGCAUGCCAAAUUGUAUUUUGACAAUGUGCCUUUCUAUAUAUAUUUGUAAUUAAUAUUUACACAACGUCAAAAAUAAAAUACAGUAUGGUAAAUUAAGCUCACCAUCUUGCCCCCCCCUACAGUUCCUGUGAGGUGAAGAGAAUAAAACUCAUGAUCAACACCUUACCUAAUGGAGACAUUAGGGAAGCACUCACUGCAUAUGGAAGUCGAUGCUCUUUUUAUUUAUAUUGUGCUUUUCAUUAAAGGUCCAAUGCAGCUGUUUUUAUCUCAAUAUCAAAUCAAUUUUGGGAAACAAUAAAGUACCUUAGUGUGAUUGUUUUCAAUUAAAAUGGUUAAAAAGAAACAGCUUAUCAAAGAGCAAUAAUCAAGCAAGAAUUUUGCUAGGACUGUCUGGGAGUGAUCUGAGUGGGGAGGGGGCAACUGAAAACUAAAGGUUUAGAACUCUCUUAUUGGUCUAUUAACUCAUUUAACCACCUGGUGAUGUCAUCAGGCAGGCCAAAACUCCAUCCCACCAAAACAGGCUGAAAUUUUAGGCGGUCUUUUCAAACAGCUCUGACACUAAAAAGGCAUUAUCAUUUUUGCAAUUUCACAGUAUUAUUCCAACCUCAGUGUGGAAAUAUAACACGGGGAAAUAACGUUUUUGACUGCACUGGACUUUUCAAGAUGAAUCUUAGUAGGUAAAAAGAAAAAGUCAAGACCAAGAUACAUUAAUAAUUACAUCACAAUCAGUAAUGACUCCACAGCUGAGUUCUGAGUUUCCACUUGCAAGUGUAUCAUUUUACAAUAGACAACAUCCACUAGAUCAAGGCUCUCCAACCCUGUUCCUGGAGAGCUACUGUCCUGUAGGUUUUCACUCCAACCCUAAUCUAGCGUACCUGAUUCUAAUAAUUAGCUAGUUGAUAAGCUCAAUCAGGUUAGUUACAACUGGGGAAAACCUACAGGCGGGUAGCUCUCUAGGAACAAGGUCGGAGAGUCCUGCACUAGAUCGACAUAUCCACUUUCAUAAAGUAGUCACAUAUCCACUAUACGGCUUCACAUGGAAUUAAGCAUUUAGAGCUGACUUUUAUCAAAACUGUUGCUUGAAUCUGUUACCAAAUCAAAGUUCUUAACUAAAGUAACUGUUCGUGUGAUCAUUUGAAAUAAAUAACAAAUAAAGUUUCUUAUAAUA